AUGAACUCGACGGAGCUCGCUGGUUGCUGCGGCGGACGUCGGAGGUCUCGUCGUCGGAAGUUCGAGGGAAGAAGCUGCUCACGGUGGCUAACGGCGGUUGCUCGACGGCUAGCUUCGUCUCACAGAGGAGGGCAGAGGAAGGAAGAGCACUCGCCGGAAUUCGCAAAUAGAGAUCACGAAGGUGAGCUCAGGGUGGUGCUGUUCGUGAAUCGCCGUAGCUUCUGGGGUCGCGGCGACGAGUGGUUCUCCGGCGAGCUCGACGAUGAGAUCUGCUGCAGCUUCCAACCGGUGGGCGUCGGCAAGAAACUAAGAGAGGAGAGGCUCGCGAGAUGCCGAAAAAGAGAGAGAGAUCCGUCGGCGGCGAGGUGGCUACAGAGGGAGAGAUUCGUCACCGGCGAGUCAGCUAGAGAGUUAGAGACUCGGCAGCGGGAGUGGCGGCGAGGCGGCUUCCGUCCGGCGAUAGCUUCCUGUGCAGGGUAG